CAGCCCGACAACCUCGUGUGGGGUAACGUGUGUUGGUUUAUCAUUGAUUACUUCAAAAAGAAAAAAGUACCCACCACGAGGUUCGAUAAAAAUCGAACAAUAUUUUCUUUAUGUGUCAUAGUAAAUAAUUUACAAAUUUUUAUUAUUUUUCUCCACUUUUUUAAUUUUCUUUCAAUGAAAAAAAGAAAAGUUUCCACUUAAAAAAAAAAAAAAAUUUUCUAUCGGGAAAAAAUUUUCAGUGACUUGUGAAAAAAAAUCUUUUCAGUGAUUUUUUAAUUUUCUUCAUUUAAGUUUAAAAAAAAAUUUUUAGUAUAAGUUGUGCAAAUCUGUGUUUAUUUCUUCUAUUCUUUCGUUGAAAAUAAUUGUUCUUUUUAUUGUGUGCUUGGUUAUAGGUUUAUAAUUGUAAAGAAAAGUGAAAAUAGUGAAAAUUUUUUUAUUUUAAAUUUUCUGUGAAACCAAACAGGAGGAAAAUAAGGAUGAUCGAGAGAUCUUGCUUGAUUCUAAAAUGACGCGACUACCGUGGUACUUGGAUAGAACCUUGCCGCAAAAUCGAGGAAUUAGGAUGCGGUACCUGCUGUUGGCGAUAUGCCUUUUGGGCUUUGCUAUUAGCGACAAUAGUACAUACGAAGGCGACACGGAAGUGGCUUACACUGAGACCGAAUUCGAAGCAUUCACCACUAGUCAGGGACUACCGUGGGGCGAAUGGUCACCGUGUACAAGACGCUGCGAUGGCGGUAUAUCCAGGCAACAGAGGCGUUGUCGGAAAAAGCCUUGUAAAGGAAAAUCGUGGAGCGUUAAAUAUAAACUUUGUAACACACAGCCUUGCGACAUUCCAACAAAUUAUCGAGCAGAACAAUGUGAAGCUUUUAAUAACGUACCAUACGGCGAGCAAUUAUUAAAAUGGUAUCCUUACUAUGAUUCAACAAGAUUAUGUUCCUUAAUUUGUCGUGGAGAACAAUCGCUGGACGAUAUUUCCAACAAUAAAGACGAAAAAUUAUUACCAGCCAGAACGAAAUCAAGUGAGGAGGAAUACAGCACGAGUGUCGACUCCGAGGAGACGAUAAUCGUUCAACUCGCCGAAAAAGUCAAAGAUGGCACACGAUGUCGACCAGAGAGUCUCGACGUUUGCAUUGGAGGCGAAUGUGUCAAAGUGGGAUGUGAUCUCAGGAUAGGAAGUAAUAAAAAGACUGACGUGUGCGGUGUUUGUGGCGGAAAUGGAUCAAGUUGUCACGGAAGAUAUAGUUGGGUCCUAGAACCAGCUUCUGCUUGUACCGAAUCAUGUGGCGGAGGUUAUAAAAUAGCACGAGCAGUAUGCAAAUCAACUGGACCUGAUGAAACCGAAACUGAUGAAUCUAAUUGUGAUCCGAGCAUAAAACCGGAAAAGGUUCUAAUGCCAUGCAACACACAUUCUUGUACAACAAAAUGGGCAACAAAUGAAUAUGGCAAGUGCAGUGCAAGUUGUGGAGGCGGUUCAAGAUCGAGGGCUGUUUUCUGUAUCGAAGAAAUCGGUAACGAAACAACAAAGCUUCCAGACUACAAAUGCAGUGCCACGCAUAAACCGAGAUACCAAGAGAGUUGUAAUGAAUUCUCAUGUCCUACGUGGGAAACAGGACAAUGGAGUGAUUGCUCGGUCUCCUGUGGGACGGGAAUAAGAACAAGGUCCGUGGAGUGUCGAGAUGGAAAUGGGAGGUUUUCAGAAGAUUGCGAUUCCGCGGAAAGACCACACGGCGAACAAGAAUGCAAAGGCAGUCAUCUUUGUUCGAGUUAUGACGAUGAUGUAAAUCAACCUCUAGUGCAACCAUACGCACCACCUCCAGUGCCAGAAAAAUUAAUAGAUCAACCUGUAUCUUCAGUAUCAAAGUUCAUUGCGGAAGCAUGGUCACCGUGCUCAGUGACAUGUGGCGAGGGUGUUCGACGUCGCGACGUUGGCUGUAAAGUAUUUCUCGACUUCAGCAAAACAAUAGCCCCAUUACCGGACGAUAAAUGCAAAGGGCCAAAACCCGUUGAUAUUGAGAAAUGCAUAAUGGACUCGUGCAAUUUAAUGGAAAAUAGCUUGUCCUACAGAAUUGACGCCGUUGGCGAUAGUAGUUAUGCCGAACCAAGUCUCACAGACACAUAUCGAUCAUCGUCUGGUAGUUUUGGGUCCGGAAGUUACGAGAGUAACAUCAAAGUUGCAUCCGGAAGUUCCGUCCAAACCACAUAUUCUUGGCACGAAAACGGAUUUACUCACUGCAACGCAACUUGUUUAGGAGGACGACAAACUUCAAUAAUUCAGUGUAGACGUGAUGACACAAAUAAAGUUGUCAGUAAUCUGCUUUGUACGCAAGAAAAAAAACCUGAAUCGAGGAUUAAAAUCUGCAAUGAUCAUCAAUGUGAUCCGAAGUGGAAUACAACUGAUUUCUCACCAUGCAUGAGUUCUUGUGGCAUUGGAAUACAAACGCGUGACGUCACUUGCAUACAAGAAGUGUCACGUGGAACUGGGAACAGUGUGGCUGUUCCAAGUCAUAUGUGCCCACAACCACCGCCAGUGGACAGACGAUAUUGCAAUGUGUUUGAUUGCCCUGUCAAGUGGCACACUGGUAAAUGGGGAAAGUGUUCCAAGACUUGUGGGGGUGGUGUGAAAACACGAAAAAUAACUUGCGAACAAGUUCGCGCACAGGGCCAUAAACAAAGUCGGCCAGAUCACGAAUGUCCUGCCCGCAAACCACAAUCGGAAGAAGUAUGUAACAACAGACCAUGCUCCGAAUUGGGAAUGAGCGAACAGCCGAUAAUUAAUUCACAAAAUAUUACCUUCAUUCAAGAUGAUCCUAAUCAAAAAGUUGAUCUCAAAAUUGGAGGGGGAGCUGUGGUUUUUCAAGGGACAACAGUCAUUAAAAUUCGCUGUCCUGUACAAAAUUUUGAAAAAGCCCAAAUUAGUUGGUUGAAAGAUAGCAAGAGAAUACAAAAAUCGAGAAAAUACAAAAUUAGCAGAAAAGGAGCUCUAAGGAUAAUGGACAUCGCCUUCUCAGAUAAAGGAAUAUAUUCAUGUGUUGCUGGACAAAUUCAUGCGGAAAUGCAACUUUUCGUAAAAUUACGUCCAAGAGAUCAAAUGAGUAGUGAAGAAGUUCUUCGAUCAGGUAACGCGAUUCAAACACGACAAGGAAUUGUUGCCAAAUCAUCCGCAGGGAAUUCAAAUGAGAAUGUUCAUUCCGAUCGAGCAGAACCGGCAUUUAUUUAUGGAAGCGACGAUCACAGUCAUGAAGCUAGACAUGAGGUUUAUGGAUCGAAUACAAAAGAAAAAGGACGUAAGAAAACAACUCAAAAACCAAAAAUAAGAACAACCCAGUCAACGAUACGUUCGACAAAAAUGCAUGAAGAAUAUUCAGUCACAUCGCCUUACAAGCCUGGUUUUGAGUCUAUAGAAUCAAGCGCUAAAUCCAGUGCAUCGACACUGGUACCUCACUUUAAUCAAUUAAUAUCAACUCUAAAGACUUUAUGGCCUUUUAAAGACACUUCAAAGUCGAUCAAUCAGCAGCCGUUGUUGGACAUCAAUUUCCAAGACAACCCAACCACUCGAGCAAUGUCAAAGUUAAAAAGCGAUUUCCAAUACGAUAACCUGAACAAAAAUUACGGCGAGGUGGAAAAAAAUACUUUAAACGAGAACGAUGCAUACGAACUGGAUGAUGAACGGAUCUUCAUUGACGAUAACCCCUACGAUGUGAAUGACCCUCUCAUCACAUUAAAUCAAAGAAAUACAAUGAAAAUUCCCUCUUCAAAUGAAAUAUCAACUCCAUCCACAUUAUUUAAAAAUUCAUUCCUUAACCAAAAUGGAUCGAAACAAAAAAAAGCCUACGAUCAUUUUGAAAAAGAUCACAAGAAUAAAAAUACAACCCAAACUAAAGAAAACAUCAAACAGACAACAAAUUUCGAAAUCGAAACAACAACAACCAAAAAUAUUGCUCCUACAACAGAAAUGCCACCAAAUGAAAAAAUUAACCCCACCAAUAAUAAAUCCAAAACAAUUAUCGAUUUUCUCACGGAAAAUUCAUUAAUAGACGAAGUCACAUCACAACAAUCGAAUAUAAGUGAAAAAAGUAAUGAAUUUUACGAGGAGGAAUUACAAAUUGAAAAACAUUUUCAUGACGAAACGAUGUUAAAUAAUGACACAGUGUCAAUGAAAUUAAAUGAAACAGAUGUAAAUGAUGAAUUAGAGAAGACAAAGGAAAAUAUUGAGGAGGAAAGAGAAUUGGAAAUACUUCGACGAACGAAACUUAAGGAGAUGGGAGAGAAUAGUGAUUAUUCAAAAUCCACUCGCAAUGAGAAGGAUGAAAAAAAUAAGAGUACAAAAAAUAUUUCUUCCUUGAGAAAUAAUGAUGAAAAUGUGCCUAUAUUAUCAAUUUCCGGUAGUGAAGAUCCUCUGAAUCAACCGACAAUUGGACCUGUUGUUGUUUUCAGUAAAGCAAAGGACGAUUUAAUCUUUGAAUGGGUAACUACUGAAUGGUCCAGAUGCUCCCAGACUUGCGGUGGAGGCGGAUUUCAGAUGAGGGGAGCACAGUGCACUGUACGAUCAGCGAAACAAUUGACCAACACUACGAGAAAUCCUCAACGAACAGUGAUUGGUGCAAAUCUUUGCGAAGAUGCUGGUUAUCCAGUACCAGAAAAUGUCAAAUCUUGUGGUGCAGGAAGAUGUCCUCAAUGGCACGCCGAAGAAUGGACGGAAUGUGAAAAUUCCCGAUGUUUCAAUUGGAAAACAGCCAUGCAAAAACGAGACAUUACUUGUCGAGUGAUUGUCGAAAUAGAAAAUGGAACUGAAAACGAAACAAUUGUCGAUUCAAGUAAAUGCGACGAGGGAAUAAAACCACCACAAAGACAAGAAUGUUACAAUGAUGCCUGCAAGGGUGUUUGGAGAGUUGGAGAAUGGUCCGAGUGUUCCGCGCCAUGUGAAGAGGACGGAAUAAAAUACAGAAUUUUGCAAUGCGUGUGGUUCGGAACAAAAAAACCGGCAGGAAAUGCUUGUAGGGAUCUAUCAAGGCCGCCGGUUAUGAAAACCUGUCGAGGUUCUCCUUGCGUUCGUUCGCCAGAGGAUUGCAAGGACCUAUCUCAAUUGUGCAACAGAGUGAAGACAAUGAACAUGUGUCAAGAGCCACUUUACAAGAAGCAAUGUUGCUCGUCUUGUAUGAAGAGAGAGAAAGGAGUUUAGAUUAGAUAAAGUGAAUAGAAAAUAGGUACUAAAAUUGAAAAAGCUUCAAGGUGAAUCAUGAGCCUCAGUGCUUCAUUAAUAACUGGAAAAAAAGAGAUGAAAGAGUGUGUGAUAAGUGAUAAUAUUAAAAAAUCGCAAAACGCUAUAAUGAACGAUAUCCCUAUCAUUAUUCAAAAUAAGCCUCGUAAAAAAAAUCGACGCAGACCACUUGAUUCUAAUAUGCAAAACAUCGUCUCUUUGAAAAGAAAUUAUUCUAAAAAAGAACCCAUAAAAAAGCCCAUAAAAAAUCCAUAAAAACCUAUAAAAAAACCAUAAAAAAAAACUGAAAAACAAACUCGGAUUCCAUAUUCAGUUAUAAUAUUCUAAAUAUUUAUUCCUAAUACUGCCUCAUUAUUCGCAAUUAACAUUAAAAACAUUGCCUCCAUUGUAAAGCCAUGAAAAAAGAAAAAGAAAACCACUAAAGAAUUAUCAUCUCUUUGAUUAUUAAUAUUAUUAGAGAUUGAUAUCAAUUAAAAAACAAAACAAGAACUGAUUUUAUUCUUAUCUAUCACGAUUCAUAGAAUCGAAAGACCCUGACCCAUUUAUUUUUGUUUGUCUACUAAUUUUAAUUAUUUGUAUUAAUUACUCAAUGUUCAAAAAUUUAUUUAUUUAUUUAUUUAUUUAAGAAAAAAUAAGUAAAUAAA